UCACCACCCAGUAAACCGGGCACACCAUCAUUAUCAUCAUCAUCGACAUGUGAGAACCUCCGAGCCAGAUUACUCUACCCUCGCCUACCCUGAUGCACGGGUUAUUACUCUCACUCUCGUCUCUCCUGUAAUUCUCACCAUUCUCUCAAAUAUCCCGACAAGCAAAAAUGGCCCAAUCCUCCUUGGAUGACAUCUCGCCCUUCUUCGAGCACUCAGCUGGGCUUUCUUCCUCUCCAGCAGCGGCACAACUGCCCACAGCCACUGAGACGAUGAGUGCGACACAUCCGAACGAUAAUGUCGAUGACACCGGUUUCCCUGCUCCCGUCCCCAUUGCGAUCGUAGGUAUGGCGAUGAGGCUACCGGGAGGCGUGACCAACGCCAGUGACUUCUGGCAGAUGCUGAUCGACAAAAGAGACGGCCUUUGCCGGGUACCCAGGGAUCGGUACAAUAUCGACGCCUUCUACCAUUGUGACGGGGUUCCCGGGACCAUUCGGACUGAGCACGGCUACUUCUUACAACAAGACAUCGCCCAGAUAGACACCGGCUUCUUCGGCAUGUCGAAGAUCGAGGCCUCCAAAUUGGAUCCCCAGCAGCGAAUGUUACUGGAGGUGGUGUGGGAGUGUAUGGAGAACGCGGGCCAGACCGAUUGGCAAGGAACCAAUAUUGGCUGCUAUGUGGGCAAUUUCGGUGAAGACUGGCUAGACCUGGCCAGUAAGGACACUCUGGCCAUUGACCGAUACCGCGUGAUGGGGACGGGGGACUUUGCGCUGGCCAACAAUGUCUCCUACCAGUAUGACCUGAGGGGCCCCAGCGUGGUCUUUCGGACGGGUUGUUCAUCGUCCAUGGUUGCCCUGCAUGAAGCGUGCCAGGCACUCUAUUCCGGGGAAUGUCUCUCUGCCAUCGUCGCAGGGACUAGUCUGAUCAUCACACCCACAAUGUCAAUCACGACCUCCCUCAAUAUGGUGCUAUCUCCCAGUGGAACGUGCAGAACAUUCGACGAGAACGCGGACGGCUAUGGCCGAGGAGAGGCUAUCAAUGCCAUUUUCAUCAAGCCUCUCGAUGCGGCCAUCCGGGACGGCGAUCCCAUCCGUGCGGUGAUCCGAUCAACGUCCGUCAACUGCGAUGGAAAAACUCCGAGCAUAUCUACACCCAGAUCCCAGGCACAAGAACGAUUGAUCCGCAGAACGUACCACAAAGCUGGAAUCGAGGACAUCGGCAAGACAGCAUUUUUUGAAUGUCACGGCACAGGCACUGCGGUGGGAGACGUGGCGGAGACCUCGGUGGUGGCCGAAAUCUUCGGCAAAGACGGCAUCUACAUAGGCGCGGUCAAGCCCAAUGUCGGUCACUCGGAAGGUGCCUCUGGCAUUACGAGUAUCAUCAAAUGUGUCCUCGCUUUAGAAAAUAGGACUAUACCUCCGAAUGUGUUCUUCGAGGAGCCCAAUUCGAAAAUUCCCUUUGAACAGGCUAAAUUAAAGGUACCGGUCGAAGCCAUUCCAUGGCCAAGCGACCGACAUGAAAGAGUUAGUAUGAACUCCUUUGGUAUUGGAGGCACCAAUGCGCACGUUGUGAUCGACUCUGCCGCCUCGAUCUGUGGCCAACGACCCGAGAACAAGACGGAUGCGAGCCUGAGAAAUGAAGUGGCUCAUCUAUUACUACACUCCGCUAAAAGUUCCAAAUCACUGGAUGGCAACGUCCAGAAUGCCUGUGAUUACUUCGAGGCUUACCCAGCGCUUAGUGGUAAUAUGGCUUACACCCUGGGGUUCCACAGGGAACAACUACCCCAUCGGGCGUUUUCUAUAGUGGGUGCGGAUGGAGCUCUGACUACAGUCGCUCGGUCUCGAGUCACCAGUCGGGAGACUGUGUUCAUCUUCAGCGGUCAAGGGGCCCAGUGGCCUGGAAUGGGAAGAGAGCUUCUGCGAAGAUCACCCCAAUUCCAAGCAGACAUUCGUGCCCUCGAUCGGCACUUGCAGCAACUUCCAAACGCAACUGGGUGGUCCAUUGAAGACGAACUUCUCAAUUGCGACGAUGUCGACCGGAUGCGUGCAUCAAGGCUAGCCCAGCCGCUUUGUACAGCAGUUCAGAUCGGUCUCGUCAACCUGCUUCGAGAGUGGGGAGUUAUCCCAUCGAUGGUCGCGGGCCAUUCGAGCGGAGAGAUAGCUGCUGCAUAUGCAUCUGGGGCCACCUCAGCAGAAACAGCGAUCACAAUUGCAUACCGCCGUGGGCAAGCUAUUGAUACAGCAAACUCUGCAGGUGCUAUGGCGGCGGUCGGGUUGGGUAUCGAGGAGGCGAAAUCGUUCCUCAAAGAAGGCGUGGUCAUCGCAUGUGACAACAGCUCCAAAAGUGUCACGCUUUCUGGUGACAAGGAGCUGCUGGAGGAGAUCAUUAGAGACCUGGAGGCCAAGGAGGUCUUUUGUCGUCGCCUGGCCGUCAACGUUGCAUAUCACUCCCAUCAUAUGAAAUCAGUUGGCGAAGCUUAUGAGCGACUGUUGGGCAAUUUGAUGUUCAACACCACCAUGGUUCCGCUCUACUCGACCGUCACCGGCGAGACCAUUAUGGAACCCGGGCAACUCACUGCUGCAUACUGGCGACAGAACUUAGAGUCUCCGUUUCUGUUCAGAACGGCAGUCCAGAACUUGCUGGAGCACUCACCCAGGGCGCCUUUGCGCCACAUUAUAUCUCAGGUGGAAGAGAAACAGCGACCAGAAUAUACGCCGACUUUAGUCAGAGGCAAAGAGCCCUGGGAAUGCCUCCUGAGGACAGCCGGCCACCUACACAUACGUGGCGUGUCGAUUGAUUUGAGUAAAGUUAUUCCUCAGGCGAAGCGCUUUUGGAGCGAGACUCGGAUGGCGCACGACUGGCGGUUACGCGAAACGCGGCAUCACGAAUUGCUGGGGUCGCGAUGCCUCGAAUCCACUGAUGUAGAGCCUGUUUGGAGAAACCUGCUGCAACUGGAUAACGUUCUCUGGCUUCUAGAUCAUAGAAUCACUGGAGAGGUUGUGUUUCCUUGUGCAGCAUAUGUCGCCAUGGCGGGUGAAGCAGUCCGCCAAGUAUCGAAUAGCGAUGACUACACCAUUCAAAAUCUCUUUAUUAGAGCUGCCUUGGUUCUUUCCGGUGACGAACCCGAAGGAAUCGAACUCAUCACAAGUAUUCGUCCUCACAAGCUGGCGGAUAAUGUCGACUCUCACUGGUAUGAAUUCACUAUCAGCUCGUAUCAGCACGGGGUCUGGACCAAACAUUGUGUGGGGCAAAUCCGCGCUGGGUCCAAUCGCAGACACCCGGACACGCAAAUCCAAGCUUACUUACGAGAAGUGUCUUCGGAAAAAUGGUAUGCUGCACUGGAAGCUCGAGGAUUAGAGUACGGAGCCCAUUUCCGGAGACUCCGCAAGAUCACUGCGAGCCCAUCAAGCAGCCGUGCGGCUGCGGAGUUACAAGACAGCGAUAACUACCAUGUGAGCGAGUAUGCUCUCCACCCCAUUCUCAUCGAUCAGUGUCUGCAGCUCUUGAGUGUGGCGGCCACACAGGGUAUUAGUCGUCAUCUCCAUGUUGCUCACGCGCGCGAUACUAUGCAACUGAAUGUUUCGUGUGACAUGACCGGUGGAAUGAUGACCGGGGAGGCCUUCCUCGCGUGUCAGGAUCGUGUGGUUCUCUCGAUGCAGCACGCAACAUUCUUUGGUGUUUCGGAGUCUGCUCUUGAGGAUACGCCGGCACCGCCGCUGUCAACCAUCGAAUGGAGACCGUAUGUUGAUUUCACGCCACUCGACACUUUAUUGCCUCCUAUUGAGAAGGGCCUAUUCCCAGGAAAGCUGUUGGCAGAACUUUUUGGAUUGUUCAUCGUCGAGACCUUUCACAGAACACGUUCGGCUUGCCCCAAACAAGACCACCUGAAGAAAUACCUCUCUUGGAUUGAGAAAACCCAUGCUCAGAUUUGUGAUCGCAAUUCCAACCUUGUCCCAGAGAUCAGGGACAAGUUUGCCAAUAACCCGACUGCACGAUGGCCCUACCUCGAGGCGUCAUUGCGCCAAUCGCUUCCCCCAUCAAUUGCUGACCCACUUGCACUUGCUGAGAGGAUCCUUUUGAACAUUACCGAGAUUCUCGACAAUCAAGUCAACCCGCUGGAGCUACUGAUGCAGGAUGACGGACUUCAGCAUCUGUAUGCCAACAUGCCCUCGAUCACGCGGUGGGAGGAGUACCUGGCAACACUCGCGCAUUCGAAGCCGACACUGCGCGUAUUAGAGAUUGGGGGCGGCACCGGUGGGACCACCUCCGCUGUACUUGAUGGCCUCUCAAGGGCAUCGGGACCAAACAAAGGCAGGAUGUACGAUAAGUACACUUUUACCGACAUUUCAGCAGCCUUCCUCGCACCAGCGAAAGAAAGGUUCAAACAGCAUGCAGGGAUGGAAUAUCUAACGCUGGAUAUAUCUAAAGAUCCCCGGGAGCAAGAAUUCGAGAGCGAGAGCUACGACUUGGUGAUCGCAUCAAAUGUCCUGCACGCAACCCCUAACAUUCUCGAGUCUUUGAAAAACGUCAGGCAGCUUCUGGCACCCGAGGGCCGCUUGUUGCUACAGGAGUUGAGUCAUGAUGUUCCUAUAUUUGAUUACAUCAUGGGCGCUCUACCAAGUUGGUGGCUUGCAAAUGAUGGGCGCGAACGCCCCUACCUCAGCCCAGAGCAAUGGCAUCAUGCUCUGCUGGAAGCAGGCUUUACGGGCACCGAUGUCGUGCGCUUGGAUAAUGAGGCCCCUUAUCAUGUUAACGCAAAUAUGCUGUCGAGAGUCUCGUCGCCAAGGGCAAGUGAGAGGGGGGCGCUAGGUCUCCUUCAUCAUGGCCCCAUCCCCAAAUGGGCUCGUCAACUUGAGACUCAACUUCUUCUACAUGGUUGGGAUGUCCAAUGGCUCGCUCUAGGCACCACUCCAGCAGAGAACACGGAUGUCAUCUCUCUGUUGGAUGUAGAAAGCCCAUUUUUACACACCAUCACUCGCGAGAAUUACGAGAAUUUCCAAAAGUCGGUCGUUUCCCUUCGAGGACACCUAAUAUGGCUGACAAGACCAAUUCACCCGCUGUAUGGCCUGAAGCUCGAUCCGCGAUACGCUCUGGUAUCUGGAUUGAUAAGAGUCCUUCGCCAGGACAUUGGUGUUAAGGCCAUGACUAUUGAGGUCGAUGAAUUCGACGACGAUGCCAUCCGAGGUGUUCUCGGCGUCCUCGACGCGAUCAAAGCUCACGGGGAAGAGACUCGCUUCGAGUUUGAUCAUGAGUUCGCACUGCAUGAUGGAUUGAUACACGUUCCGCGUUUCGGAUGGUACUCUACGGAACAUGCUAUGAGCUCGGUACAGAGCUGUGUUCCGAGAGCCAUGGAUGUGAAGUGCUUCGGUAUCCUCGACUCAAUCGCAUGGCAGUUCGCCAAUCCACCUCAGGCCCUUGGGGCAGACGAGGUGGAAGUUGACAUCAAGUUCGUUGGGUUAAACUUUCGGGAUAUCAUGGUCAGCAUGGGCUUGAUGGGCUCUACCGAUGAAAUCGGCAUUGAUGGCAGCGGGAUCGUGCGCAGAGUGGGAUCCGCCGUGGCUACGCUGCAGGUAGGCGAGUCUGUGGUACUCUCAGGUACGGGGUUGAUGUGCACACGCAAGGUGCUGCCCGCCGACUUUUGUUACCGAAUUCCAACCCAGAUGAACUUGGCAGAUGCCGCUGCAACGCCAUGCAUCUUCUUGACCGCGAUGUAUUCGUUGGUGACCGUGGCAGACAUACAGCCUGGUCAGUCGGUGUUAAUCCACAGCGCCUGCGGUGGCGUCGGACUUGCUUCAAUUCAAAUCUGUCAGAUGCUAGGCGCUGAAAUUUAUGUCACGGCAGGAAGUCCGGAGAAGAGACAGUACUUGAUGGACCACUGUGCUAUCUCCGAAGACCACAUCUUCGAUUCACGCAGCACAUCUUUUGUCUCGGGCAUCAUGGAGCGCACCAAGAAUCGAGGUGUCGACGUCGUAUUGAACUCCCUGGCAGGCGAGCUGUUGCAUGCCUCUUGGAGAUGCGUCGCUGCGUAUGGCAAGAUGGUUGAACUGGGAAAACGAGACUUCCUCGGCCACGGCAAGCUGGACAUGGACAUGUUCGGUGGGAAUCGCGCCUUUUUUGGGGUGGAUUUGUUCAAGCUCAGACUGGAACGCCCUGAUGUUGUUCGUGAGACAAUAACCAAGCUAAUGAAAUUACAUGAAGAGCGAACGUUGCAGCCCAUUCAACCAGUCAAUAUGUUCGACGCGGCAGAUGCUGUCAAAGCCUUUCGACUGAUGCAAGCUGGACAGCACCUUGGCAAAAUUGUUAUUCGCAUGCCCGACGACCCUUCUACACUCCAGGCAACUGGCGCCCAUGUCAGCAGCGCUUUGUUCCGAUCUGACGUAACUUAUCUUCUCGUCGGAGGCUUGGGAGGCCUCGGCCGCGCGAUUGCUACCUGGAUGGUUGAGAGGGGGGCACGCAACUUUGUGUUUCUGUCUCGCUCAGGCUCAAGCGCGCUUAUCGUCAGAUCAUUUAUCGAGGACCUGAAGGCGCAAGCUGAAUGCGAGGUUACGGUCAUUCAAGGGACUGUAGUCAACCUGGAUGACGUUGAUCGCGCCGUGCGAUGCUCACCUAAACCUCUAGCGGGUAAUCAAUCAUUCGCCGAGAUGACGUUCGAUGAAUGGACCCAAGUGCUUCAGCCGAAAGUGGACGGAACGUGGAAUCUCCAUCAGGCCACCAAGACUCUGCCACUUGACUUCUUCAUUCUUUUCAGUUCAAUCAGUGGACUGUGUGGUAUGACAGGUCAAGCCAACUAUGCUGCUGCGAACACCUAUCUCGACGCCUUCGCUCACUUUCGCCGAGCCCAGAAUCUUCCUGCUCAUGUGCUCGACCUUGGAUUCAUGGGAGACAUUGGAUACAUCGCUGAGAAGUCCCAGCGGACGGUGGAACUCAAUCGAACUCUCCGCAUGCAGGUAUUGAGUGAGCGGGAUCUGUUACAGGCCCUGGAACUCGCGGUUCUCAACGGGCCCCCUCAGGUUGCCCUCGGGAUUAGUACGAGUGGGACUUCUACGGAAGGUAAUGCGAAACCUUGGUGGGUCAGAGACAUCCGAUUUGCAGCGUGGAGCCAUCCCUCAAACACCGAUGGGCCAGACCUAGGUGAACAGGAAGACAAGCUCCGUUACUUCCUCGCCGAGAUUGACAAAGAUCCAUCCAUCCUCUACGACCCAGAUACCGAGAACCAAUUCACUUACGAGCUGGGGAAGAUGAUUGCGACCCACAUGUCUUACCCAGAGGACAUGGAACUGGAAGAACUGGCUGCUAUUGCUAUUGACUCGCUCAUGGCGAUUGAGAUUCGAAGCUGGUUCCGCCGUCACGUCAAAGUCGAAAUCUCCCUCCUUGAGAUCGCGAACGCGGGGACCGUAGGGGGACUCAGCAAAGCAACGAUGAAGAUUCUCCGUGCCAAGUAUGCCUCUGAGGAGCUGAAGCCUGGUGAUGCAGGUGCCCUGCUUGAUGCCAAUCGUGGCGAGACGGACGAUGCCGAGUUAUGCCAACGAGAUUGGGAACUGGGUCGAGACCUCCACCCAGUAGCGGGGACAGCGCCAGAAUGGCAUACCCCUGGAGAAGGCCGUGUUUUACUCACCGGCGCGACUGGGUUUCUCGGGGCUUACCUCCUCACCUUACUGGUUGGCCUACCGCAUGUACAGCAGGUGAUGUGUCUUGUAAGAGCUCCCGAUGCCGAAACGGGUCUCUCGAGAAUCAAGGAGGCCCUUCACGACUAUGGUCUCCAGCUCGGUUUGGAGUCCAAGUUGAAGGCAGUUGCCGGAGAUCUCGUCGAUCCCAUGCUAGGUCUCGGAGCGAAGCAGUAUACAGAACUCGCCCAUUGGGCGAGUGUGGUGUUUCAUUUGGGCGCGGUGGUUGAUUGGACUUUGCCUUACUCAUACCACCGAGACGUCAAUGUCAUGGGCCUGUACCAUCUACUUUGUUUCGCCAACACCGGUCGUCUGAAGCCAUUCCAUUAUACCUCCUCGAUCAGUGCCUGGGGUACGGUCAUUCAUCUCACGGGCGGGAUGUUUCCUGAGGAUGAGCGACCAACUUUCGACCCGGAUGCUCUCAAACAACUGUUUGGCUAUGCACAAAGCAAGGUUGUCGCCGAACAGGUGGCCUGGAACGCGAUUGCCAACGGCUUCCCCGUCACCAUCCACCGACCCGGCUAUGUCACUGCUCAUAGUGUGACGGGCAUAUCCAAAGCGUCCGACUUGGUGAAUUAUCUGAUGAGCAGUUGCAUCCGCCUGGGCAGCUAUCCGGCUGCGCCUAACAUCCGCAAUCAAUUUACCCCGGUUGACUUUUGUUGCUCUGCUCUUUUGCGCUUGUCUCUAGCCCCUGCCAGCCUUGGCCAUGCGUUCAACAUUGUGCGGCCAGACCAGACUCAAACCGUGACACUCGAAGAGACCUUCGAGCUGCUGAGUCGCGAAUGCCCCUCCCCACUCCGCCGCUUGCCGACGGCCGAAUGGAUCGAAGAAUUCCGACAAGGCGCGGAUCCGCGACUGAGACAGGGUUCGUCCAUGAUGGUCGAUACAUUGCACGAGUUUAUCAACUUCUGGAGGCUCGAUGCUGGCACGGAUGCAUACUUUGACACACGGAAGCUUCGAGAAGCGUUGGAGGAGUUUCCCGAAUUGCUUGCGGUGCCCAGCAUGGGUGAGCUGAUGCAUACCUAUUUCCGUGCUUGGGCUAAAUCAUAG